GUGGAGGGUUACAUUUGGGAUUUAAGGUGGUUUCCUCCCUUAAUCAAAUGACCAUGAAUAAAUAAAUACAGAAUAAAAGCAAAAACUUUGUCUGUGAGGAAGAGUGCAGCCAUGGACGAGGACGAAUUUCAUCGGCUUCUCGAGCUCUUCCCGAUCGUCAGAUCUCGCGACUAUCACGCGGACUUGGAAUCAUCAAGACAAUCAACUUCCCAGUCAUCACAAGAUGGGGCGUUGAAGGGGCAAAAUUCUUUGGAUGAAGGGAAUGGAAGGGAAAUUGAGAUUCAAGGAAUUAACUUACAUGAUGCAUUUUGGGAGAAACUAAAGGUGGUUGCAGAGAGGAAGGUGGGGCCGGUGGAGGCGGAGAGAUUCUGCAAGGCUUUUCAACAAGUCCAUAGGAAACUUGUGUAUGAAGAACUGAGCCUAGAAGCUGCUCGGAACUUUGUAAACUCAUCGAGAAGUUCAAAAGAAUAGACCCUUUCCAUGUUUUCUGGAUUUUCUUGUUUGUGUUAUAGCAUUGUGUACUUAAUACUUAUAGGUUACUUUGAAAUACAGGCAAGGUAAUUAAAUUUUAAGGGCAAUGAUCGUUGAACUUGAUGCUUUUAAAA